UGUUUGUGCAUGCAGCAGCAUGUUUCCAUAGACACCAGUGUGUUUGCACUAGUUGUUAUGUCGGACAGUGUGUGUGUGCUGUAUUGUUGAAACUACACAGCGGACUCUCAAACUAUAUUAAAAUGGUAAAAGGGAAGCGGUGUUCUUCAGUGAGCAAUGAUGGCAAAUGGUUUGCUCAUCCAGUUUUACCAGAAAAUGAGACGAGGAGUCGAGAGGCUUGUACGAGCACUGGGAUCAUGCUGACUCAGGUUAAAUCAUCAUUGCCUCAGGCUUUGAACUUGGAGCGCUAUCCUAAAUGGAAAACUCAGCAGAAAUCUAGAGAAUAUCCAUUCUCUGAGCAUGACAACAAGCAUGCCUUAAAGGACAACAUCUCCCUCUUCACCCAUGGUGUGGGGCGCAGACAAUGUCUUGACAAUCGCAGACAGCACAACUCCCACUUCCGCCUCUACCAAGAUGAAGCUCAUAGCAGCCCUGAUGAGACUGGGGGUAACAUCACGGUCCACCAAACUGACUACACGUUGAAGCAGGCUGUUAAUGUUCCAACCAGCACCAGAAGGUUCCCCCAUAAUCACAAGCAGAAGUCUGCAGAGGCAGCUUUGGCACAAGCAGGGUACCAAUUCAUGUGGUUCGGACGACACGACUCCGACCUCUCAGAGACUCUGCAAGUGCAGGCAGCUACCAACUGCUCAGCACCAUCCAAAGCCUAAGAUACUCCUUUAUUUAAGGCACUAGAUGGCAACAUUGAGGGGGCAUAGCACGGAGAUGGUGAACUUUCUAGACAAUCCAGCUGUCAAAUACAAAAUAAAUUUAAA